AUGGCAGGAUCAGAGGCACCGCCAAAUUUGAAGCUCUUGCUCAUCGGAAACAGCUCGUUUGUGCUAUUAGUACAUGUCGGCAAGUCGUCUCUGCUCAUGCGCUUCACGGACGCGCAGUUCCUCCCAGAGGUCGAUGAAUCCAGCGCGACGAUUGGAGUCGACUUUCGAGUAUGCAAGAUGGAGAUUGGCGGCAGACGCGUAAAGCUCUCGAUUUGGGAUACUGCUGGUCAGGAGAGGUUCCGUACCAUCACUUCUUCGUACUAUCGAGGAGCACAAGGAAUCAUUGUCGCGUAUGACAUUAGCAACAGGGAAACCUUUGAUGCCCUCCCUCGUUGGUUCACUGAACUAGACACGUAUGUGACCCCAUCUGUCGUCAAGAUGCUCGUUGGCAACAAACUGGACAAGGAAUUCAGUCGAGCUGUGUCAGAAGAUGAGGGUCGGAAGUUUGCACAGCGAAACGGCUGCCUCUUCCUCGAGGCUAGCGCAAAGACCAACGUAGGUGUGCGAGAGGCAUUCCAAGAGCUCGUCGAAAAGAUUUUGGAUACUCCAGAACUGUGGGCUCCUGCCGCUCCCCGAAUCACCUCGACGGCGACGGCAAAGCCACAGCAAUCCAUGCCAGGGAGCAUAGAUCUCAGCGCCAAUGCUCAGGAUAACGCAUCUUCGGGAUGCAGCUGCUAA